AAAAUGAUAGGAUCCUCGCCGCUUGGGCGGUCCUUCUUUAUUUAUAGUUGGGUUUUGAUCCGGUUGGAUCAUGGGUUACCCGGCCCAUCUAAUACAUGAUUCGGUCAGCCUAAGUAAUAUACAUAUUGAUCAGCCCAUACCAUACCACAAAGAAAUAUCCAACGACACACUCUGUCUCUUAAUUCGGAAAUUGAAUAUGGUGUAUUUCUUUUUCUUUUGGUCAUUUCUGUUAGUGCUGUUUUCAUUUGUCACUCGGUUACUUCUCAAACGGAAGGGUGUAGCACUAGUGUCAGACAACGCUCCUCAAACAAACUGGUAUGAUGCUGUGGACACCCAACAAGAAGAAAAGUAUGAUGUUUUUGUUAGCUUCAGGGGCGAGGACAUCCGUGACGGUUUUCUCAGCCAUCUAGCAGUGGCUUUUCAUCAAAAGAAUAUAUAUACCUUCGUUGAUGAGAGGCUUCAGGGGGGAGAAGAAAUAUGGCCAUCACUUGUUGGAGCCAUUGAAGGAUCAUUGAUUUCAGUGAUCAUAUUCUCUGAAAACUACGCUUCUUCAACUUGGUGUUUGAAAGAACUGAUCAAAAUACUUGAGUGCAGAGACAAGUAUGGACACACUCUAAUACUAGUUUUCUACGGAAUAGAUCCCACAGAUGUACGACAUCAGACAAGGAGUUAUGAAUCUGCAUUUGCUGAGCAUCGAAAAAAAUUUGAUCCGACCAUGGUGCAAAUAUGGAGAGAUGCUUUGAAUAAAUCUGCUAAUUUAUCGGGAAUUAAGUCAUCAGAUUUUGGGUAAGCUUUUACUAUUUCUUUCCAAUAAAUGUUUAAUACUUUCUUGCUUCUUCUUUUUUGACAAAACUGCACAGUUUGGUAGUAUCUUA